UCAUAAGUUCCUUUUGACUUUCUGCAGUACUGAAGCGGGCCUUCGAUAGCUUUGACUCUGAGAAAAAGGGAGCAAUCUCCACUGAUAUUGUAGGUACCAUCCUUAGGAUGAUGGGCCAGACUGUCAACCGCCAAAUCCUUAACCAAGUCAUCGAGGAAGUUGACAUAGACGGCUCGGGGGAGUUGGAGUUUAAUGAGUUUGUACUACUGGCGGUCAAGUUUAUGAAUGAAGAGGAUGAAGAGGAACUCAAAAAAGAAUUGUAUGAAGCCUUCAGACUGUAUGACAAGGAUGGUCAAGGAUUCAUCCCAACCAAAGUGCUACGGGAGAUCCUGCAUGAGCUGGAUGACAAACUCACUGAUGAGGAACUCGAUGGCAUUAUUGAUGAGAUUGACCAGGAUGGUUCCGGUACCGUUGACUUUGAUGAAUUCAUGGACAUGAUGACAGGCUAAAUGGCAAACCCUCACAUGCCAGAAGCAUCUCUUCCAUGACCUCAUCACAACGUCAUUAUUACUGUAUUGCCUGCUGGAAGAAUAACCCACAGGCACUGUCCUGAGGUUGUUUACGAAUGAUUUACCAACUACCAUACAUGAUAUCUCCCUUGGACUCGAGUUUUUCAAAUUAGAAUCCAUUAGCAAGUCACAUUUCUUUCUAAUUAACAUGCAUAGUAUAGUUAAUUGUCCAAGAAAUUAUCUUCAUUAGUUAACAGUUCCUGAAGCAACAGAUAAUCCUUCCUUCCUAUAAAGUUUCAGUACAAAGAGUCCAUAAGAUAUACUGUGAUUGAAUCAUUGAUGAAUAUUUUAUAAUUUUUAUACAAAUCUAACUUUAAGUUGCAGCAGCUCAUAUAUCCCAUUUUAUUUUGCUAGAUAUCUUGAGAGUUUAUGAGUUUAGCUUUGUUGUCUUGUUAUUAUGUCUGUCACACUUUUCCCACAUAUCAUCAUGUCUCGUAACGCUGCUGCCAUGUCUUUCCAUGCCAUGUUGCAGUUAUACCAUCACUGUCACGUCAUAUGAUUGCCACAUCACGUGUCAUGUUAUAUCAUACAACUGCCACACCUUGCCAUGUUUCGUCACAAAGCUGUGAUGCUUCCCCAUGCCAUGUUCCCCGUGUAACAUUGAACAGAUGCCACACUGCCAAGUUAUUUAGCACAGUUACUACAUACAUCUCACCAUGUCUUGUCACUUUGGUGCCAUGUAUCACCAUGUCAUGUCUCACUCUUGCUGUACAUCAUCUUGUCUCAUUGCAUGACUGCCAUGUUUUGUUACGUCAUGUCACAAGCCAGCCACAUCUCACCAUGUCACUUUACAUGAUUACCACAUUUCACCAUAUCACAUUGCUUGUGGUGCCAAAGUUCCCAGUUCCAGUUCCCUUACUAAAUGAUGUGGCACCCUUUAACUGCCUUCCAAACAAUUAUACACCAACACCCAUGUUCCUAGUCCCUUUACAAUAGCACCAUUAAACAGUAUUCCCAUUCUCUCUAUAGUGAUGCCAUCAUGUUCACAGUUCCUCAAGUGGCAUCAUAUUUCCAGUUACUCUAGUGGCAUAUUUCCAGUUCCUCUAGUGGCAUCGUAUUUCCAAUUCCUCUAGUGGCACCAUAUUUCCAAUCCUGCUCUAGUGCUUCUUCAAAUUAACAGCCCCUCUACAGUGGUGCCACAUAUUCCUAUUUCCUAUAGUGUGACAAAUGAGUACAGUUUUCCAAAAUGAUGUUGGAAAUAUAAAUCCUCCCUGCCCCAUUACUCCCACAACACUCCCAACAACUACACCCUCUGUGUUGACAUAUUAUUGGUAAGUGAAGUUAAAGAUUCUUGUAAGAAAAUAAAGAAAAACCCACUGG